GUCAAUUUAUAUAUCUGUUUUUGAUGGAUGGAUGGAUGGACAUAUCAUAUGUACGUUCGUUCGUUCGUUGUCCAUAGCAUGCCAUGCCAUGCGAUGCAUGCCUGUGUCGUGUCGCUCAUCCACACAAUCAAUACGCACAUCACAUCUCACGUCUGUCACGGCUCCAUGGCAUGCACUCAGACACGUCACGCGGCAGGUGAUGGAUGGCAUCCUAUCCAUCACAUGUCGAUGACUCGCGACAGCUUCUGAAUGCGAUUCAGCAGUGCAUCACCCUACAAACCACACACACACACACACAGAGGGAGAAGAGGGACCAUAUGUCGACUUUCUGACGGCGCCAUCCCAUCAUGUUUGUGGCCGUCUGUUCUGUCUGUCUGACCUGUUUGAUGGUUUGCAAGUAGAGUGCGUUUCUGGCGUCGGGUCUGUUGGACUCGAUGAUGCGCCCAACCUUGUCGAUCUUACAGCUCAACUUGCCCGUCGCUAUGAAACCUGCCACCUCACUGAUCAGUCAGAUCAACACAUCCACACCAUGAGUGACUGCCACACAUGUGCCAAUGCGCCCAUCACGUGUGUGUGUACGUGUGUGUACUUUUCCAUGAAGUCGGGCGACACGCCGAAUGCUGAGGCCAUGGCCCCGAGUGUGACCGACUUGUAGGGCUCCAGGAACUGCGCAUACGCACGCUGAACACACACGUACCAUACGCACACACGACAUUCACUAGUGAAGGAAGUGUCGAAGAGGGAGGCGAGUGGUGUACUGUGUGGUGAGCGGAGCGGACCAGUCGUAGGUUUCGGACGAGGUAUCUGUAGUGCAGGUGGAGAUAGCGGUCAGACCGAAUGCGGUCCGUUAUCGGAACUGAUGCACACACACACACACACAAGCGUAGCCUACACAAUGGGGAACGAACGAGUGAGAGCUUUGUCGUGUGUGUGUGUGUUGUGUGGCUGUCCUGUCUGUCGACGUAACGUACUGAGUUUCUCCAUGAAUUUCUUGUAGUCCCCCUGGUAGAAGGAGUUCAGGAAGUCACGCAAGUCGUGAUCCCCCUGCACACACAGACACACGUGUCUGUCUCUCUGUCUGUGUCUGUGUGUCAUCGAUGGGUGUGCCCCACCCACCUGCGUCACUUGAAGCACUUCGGGGGCGUGCACAACCUUCUCACGCAAAACAGGCCGACCCAAGGCAACCUACACACACAUACGCACACACACACACACGGUGGGUGCCUCCCAGACAGAGGCCACGUAUGAAUCUGUCUGUCUGUGUGAGAGUGUGUGUGACCAGCACCAUGCUGAGCACGACGGUGUACUGGAUGAAUCGUUCGAAGGAGAGCAGCUCUGUGGCCGUGAAGGUCGCCACCGCAGACAGAAACAACUCAGCAGCUGAACACACACACACAGCUCUCCUCUCUCUCUGUGUCUUUCUUUUGUGUCGGUGGCGCCGCGGUAGCUACCCUCUUUGAAGCUUCGGAUCAUCAUGAGCAUGACGCCCUCGUACACCUGACGUGCACAUGCCCACACGGCCGGGCCGCCCACAAGUCAGCCAGCCAGCCUAUACGUGCCACUCACUCCAUCCCCCGCUGCGCUGCGCUGCGCACCUUGAGUUUGUUCCGCCGCUCCCAAUCACCGCCCUUCUCCAACUCACUGCAGACAAACACAGAUCGAUAACACAGAUCGAUAUAAACCGCCAAGCAGUGAGAUAACUCGCAAGGUGCGACGGACGAUAGUUUCCUCACUCCUUGGCGCGCUGCACGUUCUUCUUUGUGAGCGAGAGGUCGUGUGUGAAGAUGCCCAGCCGCACCAGCGUCAGGAUGAUGUCCAGACGGCUGCCGGCACCCACUGUCUUGUCGUACGCCACCUGGUACGCCUCGAUCGCCGCUUCCUGAUUGAUUGACCACACGCACACACACACGUGACACGACAUGAGUCAGAUGAUUGUGUCCAUAUAGCCAUGAUGCUGCUUGCCUUGUCCCCGAUUCUGCAGUAGAAGUGUGCCUUUUCGAGGAGCCCGUCGCGGACCUCAGUGUCGCCGAGGUUCUCCUCUGCGUCCUUGAUCUUGUCCUCCAGACCCUUCAGCUCAUCCUCAUUGGCCUUUCGCAACGACUAAACACGCACACGCACAAGGAGACGAUACGCGCCACGCCCUGUGUUGCGGGUGUGUCUGUUGUGUGUGUCUGGUCACUCACCUCGACGAGUGACUGGUCGACGGGCCAGCCGAGCGACUCGCACAAGUGCGUGUAAUACGGCAGCAUACCUGCCAGAGACCACACACACACACACACACACUGCAGUGUGUGUUGGUUGCGCGUAGGUACCGGCUUGCCUACCGUCGGCGCGUAUCUUCAUCAUGAUUUUUGCCUUGGCCUCUUCCUUGUUUGGUGCGAGUGCGUCGGGCAGCGUCAGCUCAAACCGCCAGUCGGCUAUCUCGUUCUCGGGCAAAUACUUCUCCGUCGGAGGCACUGGACGACUGAACAGACCCUCGCACAACAGCACACACAAGAAGGCGCAUUCUUGCUGUGAUCUCUCUCUUUUGUGGUUUUUUGGGUGUAUGGUUACGAGGUGGUUUCCCCGCCUGUGGCAUCGAUGCCCAUGUCCUCGUCCUCCCGCUCGUCGGCGGGCCGAGAGGACAUGGCCUGGUCCGGCAGCUGACUCAUGAUGUAUCCCUUGCAAACAGAACAGAUGGAUCCGAUAGAUCCACGCAGACAGCCUGCUGUCUGUCACGGGAGAGGUCGC